ACUUCCGUAAAAACACCGACCCUCUUCCGUCAUCAAAAUGGAUCGCACAUGUUCAUCAUGGUGUGGUUUCAAUUUUAUUUUCACAACAUUGUGAUCAAGUCACAAAAUCCUAAACUAACUUUGAGCGGUAUUUUGUAUUUUCCGGUGCCCUGACUUCAGCGCUUACAUUAACAACAUCGUACCUUUCUGCUUCUUGGAUUGUAUAUCUGAACGCGAGGACUUUAAUAUCGUUUCAAAACAAAAAACUAGAGUUACUUCCUCUGUUUGUGGAGUCAAGUAUGGAGACGGAUAGUCGAGACUUUUUGAACAGCCCCCCCGUGAAGACUGUCAGGUUUGGAGGCAGUGUGGCAGAAACUCUGCUGAAAUACAAACAGGUGAGAGUCAGUCACAGUUAAACCUAUUUUAUUUGUUAUCACACGGUCACACUAAAGUUUAAAACACUGAUAUUGUUAGCUGUUAAAAUUAAAACGUCCCUGGUACUUGUAUUUUACACGUAAACAUGAAAUUGCUCACAGCAUUUCGACCUAAUCCUGUUUUUGUUAUUGUUUUUAGGGAGACUCGAGUGACUAUGAACUGUUAAAACACCAGCUGGCUGAUCCUGAAAUAAAGGUAAAGUCAUAUAUACGUGUUUAGGUGAUCUCAGAUAUGUUUCAAAGUGGCAUAAUCAAGUUGUGUUUACUGAGUUUCCUCCUCUGACAGGAUGCCCAGAUCAUCAACUGGCUACAGGAGUUUCGCAGCUGUAUAACCCAACUAAACAAAGAUCAUGAGCAGCUCAUCUACACAGUCUUGGUAAGGUUAAAACGUGUAUUCGCCAACUCUCCAGAGUCAAUCGAUCAGUUAACAAUAAUAGAGACAUGUACUGUGAUUGAUAAGCAUGGUUGUGAACUGAGUCGAUGAAUCAAAGAUUGUGGGGCAACAUGUCACAUGUUCACACUCGCUAUUUGAUUGCUUAUAACUCUGCACUGACACAAGUUAUGAAAAUGACAUGAAUACGAAAUAUAUACCUGAGAUUUUGGUCUUUUAUCUGGUACACAAUUUGUUUAUAUAACAUGUAUUGAUUGCAAGAAAUAUGUAAAAGUGUAAAAAGUGUGACAACAAGCCCUAGUCUUCCAUAAUGUAGUGGUUCAGAAAUGCAGUUGCUUCAUCUUUUGUUUCAGGUGUUUAGAAAAAUAAUUCCAAAACAUGAUUUUAAUCAGUAGUUCAGCCUCGUCCUGAAAUAUCUGUAAACUCAAAAUAUGCAUUUAUGUUAAAACUACUCUCUCUUUUUCAGCGGCUUCCUUGGGUUGGUCGGAGUCAGGCUGUUGUGGAGGAGUACAUGGUCUUUCUAAGUAACCUUGUGUCUGCACAGACCGUCUAUCUGUGUGCUUGUCUCAAAAUGGUUGUCUCCCACUUCACUCCAAGUAGGUUCUCUUGAUUGUUGGUGAAAACCAUAAAAAGUCAUACCAGGUUUUUAAGCCAGAUGCUGGCUAUCUCAGCAGAAGUUGCCAGUUUUUACUUGUUGAUGUUAAAUAUCUGUUGGGAUUUUAUCCAAAGAGAUAAAUUGUUAAAUGGCCUUGUAAUGUUUUUAUCUUAUUUCAACAUCAGUGACUCAUGGAGAAAUAUCAUAUGUGUUUUCAGAGAGAGUGAAAAUCUGUGAAGGAGACAUCGAUAUCUCGGAUUCAGAUGACGAAGAUGAAAGUAGGUGUCAUUGAUCAAAUUCCUGGUUUUUGUUUGCAAGUCCACGUUCACUGACAUAUUCUUUGUGAACUGAUAAACCUGACUGUGCCUCUGAUUUUUUAAGACCUCCCAAGAAACUUCCUUCAGUGUCACCAGGCUCUGCAGCUUAUCGCCAGAUAUGUUCCAUCGUAAGUCCCUGACUUUUUUUUUCUUCUUUUAUUUUUAGGUCUGAAAUGAACUAUCCUCACGCCAGACCUAUUUGUAAAGUUAAAUACUGUCACAGCAUGUCUUUUAAGAGCGUUUUACAGAGUAACUCUGAAUUCUGAAUAUGGAUUUCUGUGUUUGUCGUUUUUAGCACAAGUCGCUUUCUAAUGCCCAUUUUACAAGACAAAUUCCCCUUUGUACAGAAAUCCUCAAGAACACUGGUAAGAAACACUGGAUUUUCCUACAAUCACUGAUUUUUACUUCUCACAAAUCAGGCACAUUAUAGUGUACAUCAUUUGCACAAUAGUACUCUGUUUUUAAAUGUUUUUUUUUUUCACUCUUUACAGGAGUGUUAUGUGCACAACCUCUUGAGGGUGACUGUUUACAUACCAUCAAUUCGACGAGACGUACUGGAGUUGAUCAUCAGCAAGAUGCUGAAGCUGGAUGUAAGUGUUUAGACUCGAGUUAUUCUACUGAGAUCCAAAUGAUUUAUGUGGUAAGAUGUGAAAAAGCUGAGGUUCUGUUUAGCAAAUGUUCAGGAGCCCUGUACAGAUCAUAAUGUUAGAGGUAUGGUGAAUGUUAAUAAGGAUAUUAUCAUGACGAUGAUAGGCUGAUCAUGUAGUUAUAUCAGUAGAAGUCCACUGGUACAUUAUUUGAAAGAACAACUCUGUCAUCCAAACCUGAGUAAACCUGUACGUUACACUUUUUUAGAAAGGAAACUUCUUAUCAGCAGUUUGGCUUUAAAGUAGAUGAAAAAAUACAACAGGACUAAAAGGUAAAUGGAUAAAUGGAAUAGAAAGAAACAUCGUCAGAAAGAAAGACAGAGGAAAGAAACUUUUGCACUUACCAGAGAGAAGAAGAGAUCCAAAGUUACCUGCUGGUGCAGACCCAGGUAGCUACUGCUGCCACGAGCGGGAAUGUAACAACUGUACUUCAAACUUCAGGACCUGUUUCAUCCUUAAAGGGUCACAUCAUGUCUCUUAAUUACGUUAUUAAACAUUCGUUACCUUCUUCACUGGAAUAGUAUAGUCUGUGUUUGCCUUUCUGUCUCUGACGGUGUGGAAUAUUUCAGGUCGGUGCGUCCCGCUCUGACAUUGAGGAAGCAGAAGAAAACGCCGUGCAGCAGCAAGACAAACUGGAUGAAGAGGGACUGUUUGACAUGGUAGUUUGGUUGUUCAUGCACACUCAUGUUUUCUUUGCUUCUCUGCUUUAUGUGAGGGAUGUUGUAUAUUGAGUGGGUUGUUAGAGAAAACUCGGUGAUCAGGCCUCCCUCAUAAAGCAGAAGGGUCCUGUUUUCACCCUGUAAAUGUUUGUUUUGAUCACAGUUCAAGCUACAUCAAUAGUGAAGUGACCUUUGUAGAUGUCUUCUUGUGUGUCUUCAUCCAGUCCACUCUCUCUCUCUCUCUCUCUCUCUCUCUCUCUCUCUCUCUCUCUCUCUCUCUCUCUCUCUCUUUCUCUCUGUUUUUCAGGAUGAGGAUAUGUCAGAAGAUCCCCCCAUCAGGACAGCCACCACGGCCCAUCCAGUGGCUGAGAGGCUGGACAGUCUCAUGUUGGUUCUGUUAGCUUACGUCAAAGACAUCUGCACUGCCAAUGGUAGCUGAAUAACUGCCUAAACAUAAUACUUUGUUUACUUUAGAGCUUUUGUACUCUUGUAUACACUGUUGGUUCACUGUAUUAUCCUUACUUUUGUUUGUUAUUUUCAGGCUGUCCUUCAGUGGAAAGCAUCAGAGAGCUGUACAAAGAUCUCUUAAAUGUGUUCGACAAAGUCAUUCUGCCGACACACUCCUCCUGCCACGUCCAGUACAUUCUGUUUUACCUCUGCAGUUUCAGAUUGGUCAGUACUUUUUUCAUCUUUUUUUUAUUGUCAUGAAAAUAGCACCAAUCAUUUAGCUACGACCUUUCCAAAAUCAGUUCAGCUGAGUUAGGUCGGAUGUCAGACAUAAGCAUCUGUCCAGAGACUUUGUUAGAGACUAAAGUUGAGCUAAAAGAGAGUAAAUAUCUGAAUAAAGUUCAGACCUUUAAAAUGAAUCUAACAACACGUCGGUAACUCUCUGCACUGUCUGUCAUCUAGACCUUGGCUGAGGCCUUCCUGGAUCACCUUUGGAAAAUCCUGCGUAGCCCAUCUCAGGCUGCGGUUCUCCGCCAGGCUGCUGCUGGAUACAUGGGGAGUUUUCUGGGCCGAGCAAAGUUUGUCCCAGUGCUGUGAGUUCUGUGUUUUAAUUGAUCAAGAAUUAUUCUCUCCGAAUGAACAGAGAUACAGAAAACCAGCGUACCCCCUGUAUUUGCCUCCACCUUCCACCUUUGUGCUGUGACAAUCCAGAGAUAAAAUAAGCUUAUAUAGUGAUUUUUUUUUUACCUUUUAAGUUUAUUCUUCUGUGACUGUGUUUAUCCUGCUGCAGCACCGUGCGAGCGUGUUUGGAUCUGCUUCUUUCCUUGAUCCAUCGCUACAUCGACAGCCAGGAUAACAGUGGCAAACAAGCCUGCUGUGACAUCGGUCUGCACGGACCCUUCUACACCGCAUGUCAGGCGGUCUUCUACACGAUCAUUUUCAGGCACAGAGCCAUUCUGGAGGGAAACAUGAAGGAAGGUACAAACUCUAAACACUCUCAUCUUACCACCUAGAACGGUCCGCAUCAGAAAGCCUGUGUCUGAUGCAAGUUUGACUUCUACAAAUUAAACAAACUAAAAAUCAAAUUCACUCUUUUUCUUCUUUUGCUAGGUCUGGGGUACCUCCAAAGUCUGAACCUGGAGCGGGUGGUGAUGUGUCAGCUGAACCCUCUUAAAGUUUGCCUGCCUGCAGUCACACGCAUGUUUGCUGCCAUCACGAGGUAACACACUAUCUGAUCUGAAACAUAGAAUAGAAACAUAAUUGUUCAUUCGUGGUUCAUUUCUUUAUUUGUUGCACAUCUACAACAUCAUGUAUGCCUGGAAGAAUUGAAAAAAUAUGGGUUAAAUGAGGUUAGUGCUGUCACUGUGGAUUCAUGGCAGUUGUGUGUCUGUUGCAGGAAGUAUCAGAUUGUGUUCUGCUACACCAUCAUAGAGAGGAACAACCGGCAUAUGCUUCCAGUGGUGCGCAGCUCUGCAGGGGGAGACAGUGUCACCACUAACACCAACCCUUUAGACAGCUUCUUCCCCUUUGACCCAUACUUGCUCCGGAGGUAAACCUGCUCUCAUCGUUUUUUUUGGGAAAUACAUGUUUUUUUUGCUCUUUCCCCCCACCAACUGCACAGCUGUAAAUGUAAUAAAACUACAUGCAACCACAAUCUGUGAUUUAAAGAAAAAUGAAUAUAGCCACUGCUGAAAAUCGUGUGUUGUAAACUGCAUGAACGCAGCUCAACAAACAGUAUCUCAACUCUCUGUGGAUUUUCUCGUGUUUGUGGGUGUAAAAAGAUCCGGUCAGCUGAUCGAGCCGUUGUACCAGGUCUGGGAGGAGUUGGCAGACACAGACCUGCCUCCCAAAGGUACAAGCAUUCAGGUAAGAUGGAUGCUCCACCCAAAGAAUAUGUAAAUUCUGUACAGAUGUAAAUAUGACUCAUGUACCUAUCUUUUUUUUUUAACUCAAAGUUUCUUUAUCUUUUAAUUUUUCUCUUUUUGUAUCGACACUAUGCUGCUGUAAAUUUGGAAUUUCCCCCAGUGGGACUAUUAAAGGAACAUCUUAUCUUAUCUCUUAUCUUAUAAGCAUUUACAGUGUUAAAUCCAGUGAAGUACAGACCCUUUCAUAGCUGUUAAAAGUUAACCAUUCAGUCCAGAUAUCCAUUGAAGCUCGGGCUUUUGUAUCGUCUCUGCUACAUCUUUAUAAAAGUCCCUUUGCCAGGUUUGCAGAGGUUUUAAGGCUGCAGAGGGUUCAGCUGCUUGUGUUUUGACUAAGUCAUGAAAAUAUGAUCACAUUACUCCAGUCGCGGCUGAAGCAGACUCUAAAAUAAUAGAUCAGACAGAAGACUGUCAGCGAGCGGGCAUACUGGUUCUGUGUAGUGAUGUGAUGACUUGGUAAAGAACAGACAUGUUUGGUCAAAGCAAAACUCAAGACCAACAUGCUUGUUGUUGUGUAUUUGUAAUAACACAUGUAUCAUUACUCUUAACUAUUUUAGAGUUGCUACAUGAUCAUUAGUCUGAGCUUGUGCUGAUUUUGUUUCUCAGGGCUCAAAGGAAGACGAUGACGACUUCCUCAGUGAGGGCACUCCCAAUACAGAUGGUUUGGUAGGAAUGACACCGAGCUCCUACGACUCCAACCUCUGCAGCCCGAGCGGCAUAGGUUCACCUCCAAUCACUUUUCACUGACUUUACUCCUCUAUCACAUUAAUCCUGGUGGAUCACAGACCAUCUUCUCUGUCAGAUAAACUGAUGUCCUGGCACGCACAGCCAGGGUGGGAUGCUAUCCCUGCAAAAGAAGCCACAUGCGGACGGGAAGGGGUGGACUGAAAAGUGCAAAGACUUUGUAGGAAGUGGAAUAAGAGCAGCAGUAACUUUGAGAGAGCAGUGAACUCCUGUGGAUCAAAGACAAUCAGAGCACAUGUAAAAACAUGGAAGUUUCUGAGACAUAAUGGAGAAUCAGAAAAGCUGACUCAACCUGACUUAAGGCCAAUCAAGCAACAGGCAGAGAGGUACAAUCGAUGUAUGCAUACAGCCCACCUGUCAGUCAAACCAGCCGCUCCUUUAAUUAUGUAUAACUAUAUGUAGAUAACUGUCAGUCUUUAUUAUGAAGCAUUUUUUUUGCACUUUACCAAGUUGAGUUUUUCAGCCCCAAAAGUUGCUGCUUGAAGACAACACGCAGUAAGAACUUGUUUCCUCUUGAACCCGACUCCAAAAACUGAUUUUAAGUCAUAUUGAAAUACAAACUUACACCCAAAACAGAGAGUGUGUACAUUUUGUCUACUAUCUGGAACAAAAAUCUCUCUCCCUUCUGUAAUCGAAGCCUUAAACUUCACUUUUGGUCAUGCUUAUGUUUAUGAUUUUAAUGGAAAUAUGGGGCAUAAUGUUGUUUGGUUUAUUGUUAGUUAAAAAUAAGUCCCUGUUGUUUGUGUUUGAAGCUACCUGGGAUGUUAACUUGUUACUCCACAUUAGUUUAUCUGUCAACUCCGGCACAUGAGGGAGGAUUCUUGGUUUUUUGUCCCUCUUCUACACACAGUACCGCCUCCUUCUUCAGCUCUCUCGGCCUUUUAGUCUCAUAAAUAAACCUUUUUUUUGAGCAUCUGCACUUACAAAGACAAACUCCUAUCGUAUAAAACUGUUUUAUCAGCUUUCUUCAGCUCAUCAGGGGCCUUAAUUAUUUAACAUUUGCCAGUUUGUAGCUUCUCCCCUAGUGCCAUCCUCCUAUCCACAUGUGAUUACCUCUGGCUCUGUGAUUUUAAGCUGAUAUGCAGAACUUCAAAGCAGCAGUCCACAAACCAGUGCAUGCUCACGUUGGCUGUAGCAUAUUAUCUAAGACUGUGGAAGUCUUAGAUUCCAGCAAGAGAUCCUCAAUUUAAACUAUUUUUGGUUAAUAGUUUAAGAUUUGCGCUCAUGUUUUUGUUCAAGGAUAAAGUUUAUCUUUAGGUUUAUUAUGGAUGUAAUUAAGUACAGAGAAGCUAUAUCUGUGUUUGAUUUCGAUUUUUGCACAUCAUCAUCAUCAUCUUACAAUGAUUUUUUGUAACAAGAAGUUAUAAUUUGGAUUUAUUACAACACAAAUGAGUCCUUCCUCUGACUGUUCAAUAAUUUAUAUUUGCCGCUGAGAGUCACAUGAUGCUAUGUUAGACUUCAGUCGGUUACUUCAUUGUGCAUUAAGGCAUCUGAGUGUUGAUGUUAGACAAAUUUAAAAAUGUAAACGUGCUGAGAAUAUUUUAUUUUAUUAUAUUUUCAAAUGAUGUUAUCUGUGUCGUUCCGAGCUUGUGUUGUCUGCUCUCUUUGUGUUCAAUGUCACUUAAUUUCUGGUUAAAAUACAUUAUUUUUUCUCCACUUUUCAACAAGAUGACAGUUUACAACCUUUAACUACUUUGUAGAUGUUUCAAUAUUGAAGAAAACCUUGUUUAAGACGAGUGGUAAUUCGGUAAUUCAUAGUUUUGGUUUAUUUAGGUCAUUUACCUGCUUUGUUACCCCGCAGAAAACGCAGUGUUGGUGUUUGAAGUGAAAUAUCAAACAGCUGGAACAGUUCGCUCAUCAAUUAUUCCUUUAAUACAAAAAUGAAACAAGACAGAUAUGAGGCAACAUUUUAGAUAAAUCUUAAAGAACAGGACAGGUCGGCAUUUUCAAAAGCAAUUGCAGCUGUCGAUAUAAAUAAAAUGUAUGCUUCACGUGUCGUCUGGAGUUACCGAUUUCUUCUUAGACUCUGUGACUACCAAACACAAGAUAAAACAGCUGGGGCCACAGCGACACAUAACCCCAUGGAAGUAGGACGAAUAUCAACAUGAACCAUGCAGUGAAACAAAGCGAGAGAUGAGAGACACUGCUGCUCAGGCCCAUCUGCUCCUAACACUCUCUGCCUGUAAUCAAUAAUAUGGGCACAGGAUGAGUUGGCAAACCGGGCCAAAGGGACACUUGCUUAUUUUUUUUUUCCUUCUGUUAUUUUUCACUCAAUCGUUUACCUCUGUGGCGACGCAAAUAAGUAAGUCAUGUGAUGGAGAGAGAUGGUAGUGAGUUGUUAAACUGGCCGUCUCUGGAUGAUCGAUUUCAAGGAAUCAAGUUGGAGAACUCGAUUGAUUGUUUUCUUUGUGUCAAAACUUCUUCCAGAGGGAAGAAGUACAACGUCAAAGUCAAGGUCUUGUACUGCUGUCCUCAGUUUACUCUCUAGGAUUCAGAGACAUGCAGGUGAAUUAAAUAAAGAUCCUGAACUGCC